GCAGCAGCACGCUAAAAACGAAAGCGUCUCCUAGCAACGAAUGUAAACAACAUUUUCCCCCGGUGGAUCAAAAUAACCUGAGGUGUAUUUCAUGGCAAGCAAGAUGUUGCGGCAAGGUCUGGGCACCAACAUCACCGCUAUCGUCAACAGACUGGCCUCGGAACUGCAGAACACCCCAUUUUACAAUGACUUUCUUGCUGAUGUGCAGACAACAAUGGCGACGCAAAACUUCAAUAAGGAAAGGUUCGGUGCUGAGUGCUACGAGUGGGCACAGGGCACUUCCCUGGACACGCGCCUCCGCAACGCCCUCUACCAUCUGAUGCACGUGCAGCCAACCCUCCUGGCCAACCCCGACACGCCCCGCCAUGUCCUCAAGGAGCCGCUCACCUACAUCAGGAAGGCCCAGAGUGCGUGGGAGAGGCGGCUCGUGAAAUGUGUCAACAGCAUGACAGCCGAGCUGGGCGUCCCGCUGUCCAGGCGAAGGACUAAGCAAGAAAAAGAGGAGUUCUCUGACCGCUGGGCAAGCCUUUCCACAGAAGAGACAGACCUGACAAUGAUCCGACCAGUGUACGCCCCCAAGGACUUCCUGGAGGUGCUUGCCUCCCUUAGGAACCCUAAUUAUGAUGAAGCCGUGGAGGAAAAUCUUUGGGGCAGUAUACAGCUCCCUUUCAAGGUGAACGACAUCAAAGGCUUGGUGGAGCUGUAUGGAGAGCUUGCCUAUUGCUGCAAACACACGGGUCUGGACGAGGCUGUGGCGGGGGAAUAUAAGGCCAACCUGACGCUGGCUGAGGAGAGGCUCAUCUUGGGGCAGAAGGUGGUUGAGAGGAACCAUGGGCCAUUGAGCCGGGAACUGAUCAAGAGUGGCUGCCCCACCAGCCUCCGUGGCGUGCUGUGGCAUCAGGUGCUCGGCCUCGAAAUCACAGACAAGCACUACAAGCAUUUCGACGAGCUGGUGCAGGCGGUGUUGCAGCAUGACCUCCUGGUGGAUAAACUCAUCAUGAAGGACAUUCAGCUGACAGCCUCCAACGAUGACCAGUACUUCGUCUUUGAAGACAUACUCUUCCAGGUGCUGCUUUGCUUCUUCCGUGAUACUGAAGUGUUGAGCCAUUUCGAGCACAGCAGCGCCUCUCCUCCCCUUGCGGUGGCACGUGGCAACACCCCAUCGCCUGACGCCCUGGUGGCAUACCCCCCUUGCGGAGUCAUCCCCUUCCACGGGUUCACCAUGUACGCGGCGCCCCUGAGCUGCCUGUACGAGGACCCAGUGCCGCUGUAUUUCACCUUCAGGGAGAUGUACUGCCGCUACUGGUACCGUCUGCACAUCGUGACCAGCCACUCCCAGGGAGCUGCUGCUCUGGCACUUCAGUUUGAGUUGCUGCUGCAGAGUUGUGAGACGCGGCUUUGGCAACACUGCUGCGCCAUGAGCAUACAAUUGCUUCCCAUCGUAUUCAAGUGGAUCGUGCGGGCUUUCAGCGGAUACUUGGUGCCGGAUCAACUCUUCCACCUGUGGGACGUUGUACUCGCAUGGGAGUCGCUCGAGGUGCUACCUGUCCUUGCCCUCGCCAUCGUCAGUUUCCGGCGAGAAAACCUGAUGGAUGUUACUUCUCAGCAAGCGGCUGAGGCGGUACUAGCGGACAUCACGGCUAUCAGUGUCAUCCCACUGCUCAAGCUGGCUCUGGCUGCAGACAGAGGACGAGAAAGAGAGCCCUGAUCGGCGAAAAAAAACAGCAAGGAAUGUUGUCAGUAAAUAAUACUAUUAAGUCGACGAAUGAUCAAGUAUCAUUGUUGACCGCUGUGAAACCUGGAGAUAAUAUACUUUAAUUUUACAUAAGCUCUCUUAAAUUUUCAACAACGUGAGGUAACUUGGUAAUCAUAAGAAAGGGAAAACUGAGAUUUUCCGAUAUCUAUUAUAAUAUAUAUGUUACCGCCGAGGGAGUAAAAGAAGCUGUUGAGCAAGCGUAUGCGAAAUAAUACAAUCUGUGUUAUGAGAAUUGAAGUGAACUAGUAUAUGAAGCAUGUGCAACACUAAGAAAACUAAGUUAAUUAGAGUAGAGAAUAAGGAAACUGAAUUCAUUAUAGAUGUGUAAGAGGAACUAGCUGUGGAGAGUUUAGCUGCAGAGAGGUAGUGAGGGUCGUGUUUAUGUGGUAAAGUUGAUGACUUGGCGCGUAGGAUAGAUAAGACACAGAGAAAUCUCCGUAGAGGAAUGAGUCACCCGGGAACUACUGCUGACCUAAAGGUAAGAUGGGCAGGCGUGAGGCGCCGAGGGCCAGCAGGAACGAAGCCCGGAGGGACAGAUUCCUUUGCACCGCCACCGAGUUAGGGUGUGACUACUGCAGGAAAGAUCAGACCACUACAAUACAGACGCAGGUGUUGCUUGGUGACAGGCCUCCUGAAGACCUCAAACACGUGAGUUCCACAUCUGUAUUACUAGGGAUCGAUUGCCCUAAUUAGCAUGAUCCAUGAUUAGUGAUGCAUUAUGUUGAUACAGUAUGUAAUGGUUAGUAGUGCUACGCACGUCUUAUGUUUAUUAUGUAUGUCUUUAGGUUUGACCGAGUGCAAUAAACGAU